AUGGCAGAUAAUACGCCAAUAGAUAUAAUCCAUUCCCGAGAACAUGACGGUGACCUAGCGCCGCAGAAAUCGAAGGAGGGGCACCUUGGCAGCGCUGAGCGCAAUCCAGCUGCUGCUGUCCAGCAAGAGAAACCUGGAGAUGAUGUUCCCCCAGAUGGUGGAUACGGCUGGGUCUGCGUGGCGAGUGUCUUCUGGAUUAAUGCCCAUACAUGGGGGAUCAAUAGUAGUUAUGGAGUCUUCCUUGCCCAUUAUCUCACCAACGACGUCUUUCCCAACACGUCGCCACUCAUGUAUGCCUUCACCGGCGGCUUGAGUAUAUCUUGUGCUCUUCUUAUCGCGCCGUUGGCGACCUAUCUCAUCCACCUGUUUGGUACUCGGGCAGUCUUGAACCUUGGCGUGUUCUUCGAGACACUCAGUCUCAUCGGAUCCUCAUUCGUUACGCAAAGAUGGCAGAUCUUCCUCAGCCAGGGCGUAUGCUUUGGAAUCGGUAUGGGCUUCCUCUUCGUCGGUAGCGUCGGUAUCACCCCGCAAUGGUUCUCCCGUCGACGAGGCCUCGCCAUGGGCAUCAACGCCGCCGGGUCCGGCCUAGGCGGAAUGAUGUACUCGCUCGCAGUAGGGGCUAUCAUUCCUCGGCUCGGACUGAGCUGGGCGUUCCGAAUCCUAGGAAUCCUCGCCUGCGUCGUGAACCUCGUAUGCGCAAACCUGCUACGAGACCGCAACAAAGCCGUCGGAAGCCGCUACAGAGCCUUUCACCUACCAUUACUCAAACGACCCGAAUUCCUCCUCUUCCUCGGCUGGGGCGUCUUCACCAUGCUCGGUUACGUCGCUAUCCUUUUUAGUAUCGCCAACUUCGCCACCUCAGUCGGCCUCUCCGCGCACCAGAGCAGUAUCAUCAGCGCCUUGCUCAAUCUGGGCCAGGGCCUUGGCCGCCCCUUCGUGGGAAUGUUCAGCGAUAAACUCGGCCGGAUCAACAUCGCGACUUUCCUCUCCUUCCUCUGCGGGGUCUUCUGUCUGCUAAUCUGGACAUUCGCCCGGAGCAUGGGUCUCGUCUCCUUCUUCGCUGUCCUCGUCGGCACAGUAGCAGGCACAUAUUGGGCAACCGUCGCCCCAGUCCUCGCUGAGAUCAUCGACCUAAAGGACCUCCCCGGCGGCCUGAGCAUAACCUGGCUCGUCCUCGUCCCACCGACAACAGUCGCGGAGCCCAUUGCGUUACUACUAAGGAAUAACAAGGCCGAAGACCACGUUUAUCUGCAUGUUCAGAUCUUUACAGGGCUGAUGUAUAUUGCGGCUGCGGCGUGUUUGUGGCUUGUGCGCGGUUGGAAGGUAGGCGAGAAUACUCGGGUCAAGGAGAUGGCUGCGGCGGCAACUACGGGGAGCAAUGAAAAAGGCACGGGUGUGGUUCAGAAGUGUGGCGAGGCUGGUAUUGGCGAGGCUGGUGUACAUUGUUCGGCAGUGCCUUCGAAGAAGGCACUUUGGUAUCCUCAUACUCUUGUUCGUAGUAUGGUGGCUGCUAGAAAGGUCUAA